CUCACAGAGUCCAGUGUGGGACACAGAAGAUGGGUUCGCUAGUGGUCCAGUAGGAGGAGGAGAAGGAGGAGGAGGAGGAGAUCGCAGGGAUGAAGAACGCCUCGUGUGGGGUGCGCAUGAGGAACACUGCGGGUGUAGGACGGGGCACCUGAGCGGCCAUGAACGCGCAGGUGGACAGGAGCCUCCUGGCCGCGCGACAGGGGGACGUGCACGCGCUCAGAGAGCACGUCGCCCAGAACCUACUGACCGCCGACGUGAGGGACUCCCUGGGCGCCUCUGCGGUGCACCACGCCGCGCGCGCCGGAAGGCUGAGCUGCGUGCGCUACCUGGUGGAGGAGGCCGGGCUGCAGGGGGGCUGCCGCGCGCGCAACGGCGCGAGCCCCGCGCACGACGCCGCCGCCACGGGGCACCUGGCGUGCGUGCAGUGGCUGAUCGCCCACGGGGGGUGCCUCGCUCAGGACCGGGACCACUCUGGGGCUACCAUCCUGCAUCUGGCGUCCCGGUUCAGCCACUAUGACAUCAUUGACUGGCUGCUAAAGAGCGGUGAAGGAGAUCCAUGCGUUGCCACGGACACCGGGGCCCUGCCUGUCCACUACGCCGCCGCCAAGGGGGAUCUGACCUCGCUUCGUCUGCUGCUGGGCCACAGCCCUGAUGUGGUCAACACCCAGACAAAGAAUGGUGCCACGCCCCUUUACCUGGCCUGCCAGGAGGGACACCUGGAGGCGGUGCAAUACCUGGUGAGGGACUGCAGGGCGGAGCCCUCCAUCCGAGCUGCGGACGGCAUGACGCCGCUGCACGCCGCCGCGCAGAUGGGACACGGCACCGUAAUCGCGUGGCUGAUGAGCUUCACGGAGAUCAGCCUGGCGGAGCAGGACAACGAUGGGGCCACCGCCAUGCACUUUGCCGCCAGCCGUGGCCACACCAAGGUGCUCAGCUGGCUGCUGCUCCACGGGGGCGAGUCCGUCACCGACAGCUGGGGCAGGACCCCCCUGCAUGACGCUGCAGAGAACGGCGAGCUGGAGUGCUGCCAGAUCCUGGUGAUCAACGGGGCCGAGCUGGGGGUGCGGGACCGGGACGGCUUUUCCGCGGCUGACCUGGCCGAAUGUGCUGGACACACCCGUUGUGCCACAUACCUACGCAGCGUGGAGAACGUGAGCGUGGAGCACCGUAUUCUUUCCAGGGACCCGUCGGCAGACCUGGAGUACAAGCACCCCGACUCGGGCCUCUCGUCCCCCAACACCACCCUCUGCUUGUCCGCACAGCCCCCCCGCUUUGACAUGGGCUCCCCCUCCAGCACCCUGUCCAACUACGACUCCUGCAGCUCCAGCCAGUCCAGCACUGGGGAGAAGAGGAGUGCGCCCCCCGCAGGCCCCACCGGCGGCGCCGACACGGCCAUUGUGGACAUGCAGACGUACAUGGACAUGCUGAAUCCAGACGUGACGCCCGCAACGCCCGGCGACGUGUCCCCUCCCCCUCCGCCGGACUUCCCCCCGCCGCCGCCCCCCCACACCAGCGCCGUCAGCCAGUUGCCGCCGCCCCCUCCCAGCUACCCGGCGCCGAGCCCACCUGAGGAGGUCUACCUGAGAGUGAAGAGCAACCUGCGACCUGUGGAGAACGGUGCCGCCAAGAAAGAAGUGAGGACAGAAGAGAGCCCAGGUCGACUACGCCGAGUUGACUCCAACCGCAAAUCCCGCAACUUUAGCAAGCAGCCGAGCACGGGGGACUACUACAAGGCACUGGGCAGCGGCACGGCUGGGGCUGAUCAUCGCCGCGCUGGAACCAUGGCUCCAAACGAGGAGGGAUCUCUGCUGCUAGACGAGCCGAAGGACAGCAGCGCGAGUCAGGAGAACGGCACGGCGCAGGAAGUGCCCCUGCCGCCCCCGCCGCCCCCCCUCCCAGAGUUCCAAAGCACGGCUGCAUCCCCGCGGCCCCCUCCACCGCCGCCCUCGGAAGCGCCACACCUGCCCCCCAGCGAGGCCCCCCAUCGCCGCCUGUCCUCCUCCUCUGGAAGCUCAAAGUCCUUCAACAUGAUGUCCCCGUCUAGUGACAACUCUGAGCUCCUGGCUGAAAUCAAAGCUGGGAAGAGCCUGAAGCCCACGCCUCAGAGCAAAGGAUACACCACCGUCUUCUCCAGCACUGGGCACACAGGAAACAGUGGAGAGAGUCCUGUUGCCUCGCCACCUCCUACGCCUGCUGCCCCUUCUCCAAAGUCUCCUUCACCACCGCCCUCAACUCCUCCCGCAACCCCCAGCUCAGCCGGUACAUCAACACCCAGAACGCUGCAGUCCUCGCCGAGGAGUGAGCGGCCAACGCCGACGGUGAACGGCAACGCAGAGCCAUCUCCCGGGCAGACGCGAUGGAUGGGCACUGUGGAUGUGGAGGCGCUGGUGCCCACCCAUGAUGAGCAGGGCCGCCCCAUUCCCGACUGGAAGAGGCAGGUGAUGGUGCGCAAGCUGCAGACCAAGAUACAGGAAGAGGAAGAGCACAAACGGAAGGCCGAGGAGGAGGCUGCGCUCCUCGCCUCCAUGCCGGCCUGGAGGAGGGACAUCAUGAAGAAGAAGAUGGAAGAGGAGAAGGAGCAAAAAAGAAAAGAGGAGGAGCGCCUGAAGAUGGAGAAGGAGAACGAGGAGAGGUCAGAACUGGAGCGACUACGGACCCUGGGGUACGACGAAACCAAGCUGGCGCCAUGGCAACGGCAGAUCAUCCUAAAGAAAGGAGACAUCGCGAAGCAAUAGAGCGCCCCUCCCCCACUCCCCGCAUCCCCUAUUCUUCUCACCAGCUCCUGCUCCGUGUCUUCACAAAACACCCUCCCCAUCCCUGGGAAAAAGAACCACAGAAUGACCACGUGAGCUCGGUCUCCCAGCAGACGUCUUGCACACAAUCCUGAGCGUGUCGCGGCGCAGUCUCCUUGUAAAGGACUCGCGUUUGCAGCUCCGUGUUGGGAGGGCGUGCCCACACCGCGCACAGUUCCACAUUCCAACCACGUAAGCUGGAUUGGACCUCUACCUGUACUAUGACCCCGUGGACUCUGUAGGCUUAGCUGUCCCACUGCUCUAAUCUCAUUAAACGUUUGUCCAACUUGUUAGCAGCUUUUCUUUCCUCCCACCAUAUUAACUCACGCAUAGCGGUAAAUGGAGGAGGAGCUUCAGAAAGUUCACUUCCGAAUAGCCUCCCAAAGUCAGAAGGACAGACGUCCAAAGGAAUGUCAAUAGUCAUGGUCAUCCGCCCACUGGGAAAACUGGGAAAGUGUCUCGGGAAGUUCAAACAGGUGCAGCAGCACCACACAUACUCACAGGCCUAGUGAACCUCAGUAGGGUUUCUAGAAACCUCUCAGAUGUUGUUCAGCGGUACCACAUAGAGGCGAUACGGCACCAGCUCCUUCCAAAAGAAGCCGUCGAUUCAUUAGACCCCACAUACCAAUGGAGAAGCAGUGGAGGCAUCAAGACAAGGGCGUGAUGAAGGCCUGGAGGAUGGGACCGUAUCGAGUCCGAGAGAAGUUCUCUAACUCUGCUGAGAUCUUCGAGCAGACCAUCGACUCCACGAAAGCUGCAUGUUCUUCACAGACGACAUGGGAGCACAAAGC